UAGUGACGACGUGAGACAGUUGUUUUUUUUGUUUUUCUGUCAGUUUUGUGUUGUGCGUAGUUGUGGUUGUGUUUCUGAUGGCUUGAUUAAUUUUGUUAUUUAUUUUAAUUUCCAAUUUCGAGGUAAUAUUUCGGUUUGAGCUUGACCAACGAUGGCACUACUACCUCCAGAUCCUGUGUACACAAUAAGAAACGUAGAUAACGUGCCCGUAUACUCGUUGGCGUUUAACUUUUUGCCUGGGGGUCUAGAGAGGUUACUAGCCGGCUCGAAAAAUGGCUAUGUUUAUGCAUUCAACCUUCAGACUAAUAGAGUGCAACAGAAGAUACAAGUUGGUCAAGCUCCUAUUUUGCACCUAAUUCACACUGACACCCAACUCAUCACCCAAGAGAAAGGAGGCAAAUACAAAAUAUUUGAAUUGACAAACCGUGGCUAUGAAGAAGAUGUUGUCAUCAACAUUGAUUAUCCUGGGUUCUGCCGAUUUGAAGCCAACACAAAACUCGAAACUCUAUAUGUACCUGACAAUGAUUCGAAAAUACACAUUUAUAAUUUUUCUGGAGAGAAACUUGGAUGUUUGGAGAUGGAUGAUAAGACCUUGAAGCUCGGAGAGCCAAUGUGUUUGAAGUUUGUGGAGUUUCCUUGUGAUAGACCCGUGCUACUGGCCGGGUAUGAAGCAGGGUGGCUCCUCCUGUGGGAUCUCAACACUAGUCAAUGCAUCAGUAAACUGAAGACACAAGAGUGUCCCAUGUCCGUGGACUACCUCCUCGAGCAACAGAAGGGAAUCAUCGGCAAUGCAUCAAAUGUGAUACAGAUAUUUAGUUUAGGGAAAAAAGACUUAGGCUUGGCUCACAAGAUGGAUGUGACAAUUAAGAACCCUGGCAUCAACAGAGUUCAGACUCGUAAGGAUGGUAAAGUCUUUGCUUCGGGAGGUUGGGAUGGCCACAUCCGCAUAUUCUCUUGGUUUUCUCUGCGGCCACUGGUUGUGCUCACUGAGCACAAACAAGCUAUACAAGACAUUGCUUAUUCUACUGAAAAGGUGUCGCUCUGGAAUGCUCAUAUAAUGGCGGCUGGCGGACUUGAUGGUGCUAUAACUCUGUGGGACUUGUACAACAAUAAGCAAUAACUUAGUAUUAGGAUGAAAGUCCCUGUUGUGAUAAGUUGCUGCUAAAAUUAUUAAAUGGCAAUUCUCAGAAUAUACUUCCAGACAGCCUCUCUUGCAUUUAAUGUUGUAUAUCAGAGAUGCUUUAAACUUAAAGUAUUUGAAUGUGACGCGAUGUGCUAUUGAAAUUUAGAUCUCAAUGUAAUGUACAAAUUUCUAAAGAACAGCUUCACGAGCCAUAUCCAUCUUGUUUGACGAAGCUGUUACUAUUAAGAUAGAUCGUUGUUGAUAGUAAUUGAUAUUUUCAAACAGUUUUAAUUAUUUUCGAACGAAACAAUAAAUACUAUGAAUUUUA